AUGCCAGAAGCCGCCAUCACAACAGCACUCUGUCCCAUUCAUCAACAGUCGUCAAGUCUGUUCGAACGCCAGCCGCUGCCACUGCCACCUUCUUCCAAGCCUCCUCACAGUCCUGACUCGCACUCUGGCUUUCUCCUCGCCUUCUUCAACUCUCGUCUUCAGACAGGAGGAGAGUUUGAGGGGGGGUGGGGGAAUGGAAACUGUGGAGGAGGCGGAAAGCCUUGUAUCGGCGUGGUGGAGAGACGUGGUGGUGUCGGGUUGGCAUGA